CGUCGUACGUAUUAUCAUUGAUGUUUGUUCUAAGCCAAUAAAAAAAUGCGAAUCUACGCGGUCAUAAACCGACUCAUGAAUUGGGAGCUCACACAUCGCGCGAAAAAAAAAACAGUUCAUCCUAUUUAGUAUUUAUUAUUGGUUGACUAGCUCAAUGGAUACGCGUGACUCGGCUUCCUCUACUGAUAGCGAACCGUUCAAGUGUCCUCGUAUAUAAAACAUUCCUGCCUGUUCACCGCCAGUUAAAAUCUAACAGCGAAGGUGAAAAUGUGUCCUAUUUCAACUCUAUUGCUGGCCAGUAUAUUGGCAGUGCUUUCGGCGCUUCUGCCAACUGUCCAAAGUCACGGCAUGCUGCUGGAUCCGAUAGCUCGCGGCUCUCGGUGGCGAUGCAAUUCCGGUGCACCAGUGAACUACGACGACAAUGGGCUGUACUGUGGAGGUUAUUAUGUUCAGUGGUACCAGAACGGGGGAAAAUGUGGCUACUGUGGAGAUAACUACGCGGAUGCCCAGCCUAGACUUCACGAACUUGGAGGUGCUUUCGGGCAAGGAGAAAUCGUUCGAAACUACACGAGGGGAUCGGUGAUCGAUGUGACGGCUAUGCUCACUGCCAAUCACAUGGGCCACUUCGAGUUCAACUUGUGCGACAUUUCUGUGGAAGGAGAAACGGAAGGGUGCUACCAGCAGUAUGCGCUAUUGGACGUGGAAGGGCGAAGGGAGUGGUACAUGAACUCAACAGCGGCCACGAAGUAUAACGUGCAGCUGCAGCUACCAGAAGAUUUGGUGUGCGACCACUGCGUUCUUCAGUGGACUUAUGUUGCUGGAAACAACUGGGGUUACUGCGCUGAUGGCACCGGUAAACUAGGUUGUGGUGCCCAAGAAAAUUUCCGCACUUGUUCCGACAUUGGUAUCUACGAAGCUGACGACUCUCGACUAGCCGAUUCGUACACAUAUUGUGCAGCCAGUCCACGGUCAUUGAACUGGAUCUUCGAUAACAUUCCGGAAGAGGAAAACAUCAUCGAAACGGAUUGAAAUGGCCUUUUGUGCCUAUUAGUUGAACAAAUUCUAGUCAGUACGCACGAAUUAUACCUUUUCAUUUCAAGUGGAAAUGCUUGAUGCGGAUUGGAGAAUAGUUAUUGUUGAAUAAACACUUAUUGAUAACAAA